UAGACAAAUAUAGGCAAUCUUAGUUUAUGGAAUCAAUUAAUAACAAAGAAAGGAUUUGAUACCUUUUUGUGUCGGCUACUCAUCAUCCAUCUACCAAAAAGAAACCCUCAAGAAACCUCCUCAUUCAUCAUCACUCUCCUUUAAAUUCAAACCCUUAUAAUCAACCCUUCACCACCACCUCAAAGUAAAUCUUGCAAACUAUACAUUAUACAUAUUUAUAUAGAUCCAUCAUAUCAUAUUAUUAUUGAUUCAUGCAAAAUGGGUAAUUGCGUAUUCAAAGGCUUUCAUCAUGGAGAUUUUGAAGAAACAAUGGUAAGAAUUGUAACAUCAAAUGGAGGCAUCAUGGAACUUUAUUCUCCCAUAACGGUUGAAUGCAUAACCAACGAGUUUCCACACCAUGGAAUUUUCAAAAACAACCGUAACACACUCUCUAAACCACUCUCAAAAAACGAAGAACUUCAAGCUGGUGAAAUUUACUACCUUCUCCCUCUCAAAAAUAUUGUCAAACAAUUUGGUGAAACAUUCGAAACGUUAACUCCGUAUCGAAUGUCCACAUGUGACAAGAAUAGCAACAACAAUAACAAUAAUAACAAUAGUUGGUCGGAACAUGAAGUGUUUCCGAGGUACAAUAGUAGUGGAGUGUGGAAGGUGAAAUUGGUGAUAAGUCCAGAGAAGUUGUCGGAGAUUUUGUCGCAAGAGUCGAGGACGGAGGCCUUGAUAGAAAGUGUAAGAACGGUGGCUAAGUGCGGUAACGGGGUGCCUUCGUCGUCGUCGGUGGCAAACUCCGAUCAAUGGAGUGUUUCAAGUAGUUUUAAAGGUUCUACGUUAAUUGACAAAUUUAAUUUAGAGUCUUCAAGUUCAAAUUAGUUGAUUUUUGUGACCUCUUGGUUAAUUUACUCAUGUAAUAAUCUUGGUUUUAUUAUCUUCGUUUGUUUUGGUUAGCUAUGUUAAAUACUUUAUUCUUCAAUUUUAGGUGUUGUGUGUAUAUGCAUGUGCAAAUGGUAGUAUGGUAUAUAUUAAUUGAGUCCACCUUGAUUUAUAUUGUUCAUAAUUU